CCCGAUAUCAUUAAAGAAGGAAACGAUAACGCCGCAGUCUAAGGGUGUGGUCUGUGCAAGAUUCAGCUCAAGGAGGGUAUAAAAGCAUCUGAUCUCUGUGCUGUAUUCACCACACCUGACUGAUUGUCUCCUCUUCCGCGCUCCGAGACUCGGGUUCCCUAGACACUCAGCAAGAUGACGACCAAGCUGGAAAAAGCCUUGAAUGACAUUAUCGAAGUAUACCACGAGUACUCUGAAAGUGAGUGCAACGACGAUUACCUGCAGAAGGAUGAAUUCAAGAAGCUGCUCAAAAAGGAGGCCAACUCAUUUCUGUGCUACACUGUGCCGCGCCCGGGGGACGAAGAGAAAUACAUAGACAACCUGUUUCAGAAGGCCAACAAAGACAAAAAUGAACACCUCCAUUUCGAAGAGUUCGUUACCACCCUGGCGAAAUUGGCCAUACAUGCUCACAAUAUGUCACACAAGGGUGUGAAGCAAAGUGAGGGGCAAGGGCAAGGACAUGCGCAUGGCCCCAAUUAACUUGGGCCUGAGCAUAAUUCUGUCCCCGCUCCUGGAAGCUCCUCUGGGCACGGGUGUCAUGCCUGGGGCACUAACCCCAGCGAUGACCCUAACCACCGAAAUCAGGGAGACCCUUUGAGUUAAAACAAGAUGAGAUUUUGUAAAUAUCGAAUGUAACCAGAGAAUCUUUGCCUGUUUGGGCUGAUAAUGUAGCAAUAAAACUCUCCUCCAAUGCA